AUCGCAUCGCGUCGCCGUCUUGCUGUACCGUCCACCCAGUCCACACAAAUAAUGAUUACCACUUAUCCGUCGUAAUAACCGCUCUACCUCCUUCUACCACCAUAGGACACUCCCCACAAAUCUCAUGAUACCACCAAGACCAACGACCCAACGAAAGACCAACCGCCUACAACUCCCCUGAGCUCCUCGAGACUCCCUCCACCGCCGCCUCGUUCGCCGGCGCUCCUCUUUGACCCUUCUCUCCCCCCCUCCCUCUCUCCGCCGCCGACGACCAACCGCCACCAUGCCCGUCUACUCUUUCUUCAUCUUCGACCGCCACACAGAAUGCAUCUACAGCAAGCACUGGCUCCCGCCGCCCCCAGACCGACCCCUCCCCCCCUCCUCCUUCGGGGCCCAACAACAACAACAACCGCCGGUCCCGUCCUCCCAACCCACGCACCCACCGAGCGCCGCAGCGGCCACGUCCGCCGCGAACGACGCGAAACUCACCUUCGGCGCCGUCUUCUCCCUCCGCAACAUGGUCCGCAAGCUCGGCGGCGACGACGACGCCUUCAUCUCCUACCGCACCGCCUCCUACAAGCUGCACUACUACGAGACCCCCGCCAACCUCCGCUUCGUCAUGCUCACCGACACCGCCUCCCUCAGCAUGCGCAACGUCAUGCAUCAGAUUUACAUCAAUCUUUGGGUUGAGUAUGUUGUCAAGAAUCCCCUCGCGCCAGUGGAACACAAAGGCGGCGCCGGCGUGCGGAACGAGCUCUUCGAAUUGGGUCUCGAUCAGUUUAUACGCGGCCUGAUGUGAAGCACCCACGCAUCCCACCCCGGCGUACAAGACGUAAAAGGCUUCCCCAGGUCGAAAUAUGCGGAGGCUGCUCUCUCAACGUCCAGACAGUGGCGGACUUGAACUCCGAGAAAAAAGAAAAAAAGGAAAA